UAUAAAGCCGGGGGCCGCGCAGCAGAGCGAAAGGAGUGGUGCGGCCGGGGAGGGAGAGCGCAGCGAGCCUAGUCACGGGGCUGUCCCGUCCCGUCCCGUGGCGGCCAGCCGCCGCCGCCGAGCCAGAAGACUAUCUCACAGCAGGAAAGAACAAUCAGAUUGGCAAUGCAUCACUGAAUGGCAUGACUGAAGACAAGACAAAAAGUGGGUAACACAAGGUGUGAACUUCACAUUGUUUCCCUGAAACAAGUGUACAAGAGGUCAAGAUGGUCCCAAACUAUCCUACCGAAGAAACCGUUAAAAGAAUCCAUGUCGACUGUCCCAUUUCAGGAAGGCACAGUUACAUCUACAUUAUGGUUCCAACUGUUUACAGUAUCAUCUUCAUCAUAGGCAUAUUUGGGAACAGCCUAGUUGUUAUUGUCAUUUACUGCUACAUGAAACUGAAAACAGUGGCCAGCAUCUUUCUGCUAAACUUGGCACUUGCUGACUUGUGUUUUUUAAUAACUCUGCCACUCUGGGCAGCCUACACGGCCAUGGAGUACCAGUGGCCAUUUGGCAAUUGUUUAUGCAAGCUAGCAUCUGCAGGAAUAAGUUUCAACUUGUACGCCAGCGUGUUCCUACUCACAUGCCUUAGUAUUGACCGCUACCUGGCCAUAGUACAUCCAGUGAAGUCACGAAUCCGGCGUACCAUGUUUGUUGCCAGAAUAACUUGCAUCGCCAUCUGGCUUCUUGCUGGUGUGGCCAGUUUGCCCGUCAUCAUUCACCGUAAUAUAUUCUUUGCCGAGAACUUGAAUAUGACAGUCUGUGGUUUUCGGUAUGACAACAAUAAUACAACACUUCGGGUUGGGCUAGGCUUAUCCAAAAAUUUGCUGGGAUUUUUAAUUCCUUUUCUAAUCAUAUUAACAAGCUACACCUUAAUUUGGAAAACCCUAAAGAAGGCAUAUCAGAUUCAAAGAAAUAAGACCAGAAAUGAUGAUAUCUUUAAGAUGAUUGUGGCGAUAGUAUUUUUCUUUUUCUUUUCCUGGAUUCCUCAUCAAGUAUUCACUUUUCUUGAUGUAUUAAUUCAAUUACAUGUAAUAACAGACUGCAAAAUCACUGAUAUUGUGGAUACAGCUAUGCCCUUCACUAUUUGCAUUGCUUACUUUAACAACUGUUUGAAUCCUUUUUUUUAUGUUUUCUUUGGAAAAAAUUUUAAAAAAUACUUUCUUCAGCUAAUAAAAUACAUUCCACCAAAUGUCAGCACACAUCCCAGUCUAACAACGAAGAUGAGCUCCCUUUCCUACAGACCACCAGAAAAUAUCCACUUGCCCACUAAAAAGGCUGCUGGGUCUCUCGAAACCAAGUGAUGCGGUUUUAUAAUAUACUUUUUUGAACAACCUUGUGAACAAAGCAGCAAGAAUGACAAAAUUCAUCUGCAGUCACAAACAUCACAACUUACUACUCAUUACUGAAACAUUGAAUCACCUCAGAGAAAUCACACUGAAAAGAUUUAGCAGUGGCCUUCUAUUUUAGAGUAUGUGGAGGACUGCCUGAUUUUCAUUUUGUUUAUCUUUGUUGAAAGCAAUGUGUAUGACAGACAGGCACACCAGAGUUUGUCAGCAUCCUGCCAUUUGCGCAGAACUACAAAACAAGGGUAGAUAAAACUAAAAAGAUCUCUGAACUUAAAGGAAAAGCUUUUGUAAGUUACAUGAAUUAUGAAGGACCUGUUUUACAAAUGAGCUAUUCCAAGUUUUGUUCCAGGAGUUGAGAGCUAAACGGCUUGGCUUUCUUUCUUUUCUUUUUCUUUUUUUUUUUUUUUUUUAAAACAUGAGUUAUAUAUCAGAGUUAUAUUAUAACUUGUUUUUCAAAUAUAUGCUGUAUCUACAGGCCCAACUUUAAACACAAAUGGAAAUUUCAGGACCUUGAAACUGGUCUCAUUCUAAUUUGUGCCACUAUUUCUCAUUUAAAAAUAACAAAAGUUCAUAAUAUAUGCAAUAAAAAGCAGGUUUAUUUAUUAAGUAUAGAAGAAAUGCAUUUUUAGAUUUAUACUCCUACUUAUAGAUUUCAAAUGUUGUUUCAUAAGUGUUUUUAUCCCAGUGUGUAUUUUUAUAGUAGUAACAUAUAUACACACACAGACACAUGAACGGGGUUUACUCACCUUUCUCAAUAAUAUGCCAUGCUGACUCUGAAGAAAAUUAUUUGUGGAGCAUAAUUUUAGUCAUUAAGUCAAAAACUAUUUGAAACGUGAGUUCUGAGACAAAGGUGAUCAGAAACUUUCAAAUUAUUUUUGUAAAAUAUCCAGAGUACUCUGAAAGUACCAGCUAAUGAAAUCCACUCUGUUUUUCAAAUUCUGGGCUUUUAAACUCAGACUGACAAGCAGAAGUGUGACAAUUAUUAUAUUAUAGUUUAACAAAUAAUGCUUUUAAUCAUAUCACUAAACAACGGAGACCAAACUUCAUUAUUGACUUUUACUUAAUUACUCUCCAUUUAUAUAAAACAGAUCUUGGAAUGAGGAGCAUACUACAUAAAUCAGAACAAAAGUCUGGCUCAAACUCUCCAUACAAAUGAAGGGGAAAAGGCGUUAAGCAUUGUAAGAAGUUCCAGCUAAUGAUAUCCUUAUAUAUCCUUUUCAUAUUUGCUCUUGAUUCACUCCCAUUUAUUUUCUUCAGAGAUACACGAGCUCAUAAAUGCUUUUCAACAUAACAAAGCUUAAGAAAAAAUCCAGAAUUUUACAUGUCAUGUAAGCAAAUAUAUGACCCUCAAGAAUUUGCAAUAUUUAUAAUUAUAUUUAAUGUGGCUUAGCUAGCAAGUGGCUGGAUUUUCCAUUUUCUACUUAAAUGUCACAAGAUACUGCGACUUCUGCAACUUCUAAAGCUGUAUAUUCAGAAAAUGCUCUUUCUUUGGAGGUUUAUUUAAUUGAAAGCUAGUAUUAAAAAAAAAAAAAAAAAUGAAACCUGAAUGUGACAUUUAAUGAGACAGGUAAAUUGUUCUCACAUACAAUACUCUCUAUUUAGCUUAUAUCCUUACACAUGCAUGUGAGGCAGCCAUUCAAAAAGAAUAUAAGUCACAUGCAUUAUAAAUAGCAUCCAGAGCAGCAACACUGCCCUAGCGCUCAGUAAGCUGAUGUGGGACUAACAGAGCUUGCCAUCAUCUGUAUAACAUUUUGUUCAUAUACACAUAUACGUAUGUCAAACUGAGUCAGGAGCCUCCAGUUCCAGAAGUAACUCUUUCUCAGACAUAAUUCAGUGUGCUGUGCUUGCCACCUGCUGGAUGCAGCCACAAAAUUGUUCGUCUUAAAAGUUGCUAUAGGAAAAACAGCAGUAUUUUCCUGCUGCUUGAAAGAUCUGCAGAUCCUUACCUAUGGCAAGACUACUGUAGAAGUAACUGCCUCCUGGACAGAUGAUCUUGUAUUUGGGAAGGGGCUAAGCUGGCAUUUCCUCACCACCUGCUGAUCCCUUUGGUCACCAGUAUCCCAUACUACAAUAGAUAGUUCAGUAGAAAAAACAAAGCACAUUUGUAUAAGUGAUAACUAAGUAUUUAACUGAAAGGACUCACUUAUCACCAGGAAGAAAAAGCAGCAGAAUCAGUAGUGACCACAAAUGAUAAAAAUGAUCCUUAAGGGUCCCUUCCAACUCAGGAUAUUCUAUGAUUCUAUGAUAUUCUAUGACUGUAUUGCAUUGAAAAAUAGAGCAAAAAAGUUUGGUUGGUGAUUUUGACCACUUCGGGCCAAAUCCUGCAUGUUUCAGAGACUCUGUAUCCUAGCUGUUGGUGCCACCUGUGCCUACCUGUGUCAUGGGAAAAAGCAGGAACAUGCACAUCUGGCUGAGCUACUCCAGGAAAGGCAGGAAAGGAUUGCAGCUGGUGUGCUUUGAAUAGAAGACCAACCUUGGAUUGAUAGGCAACAAAUAAGAUUGGGGGGAAAAAAAUGUUCUAAAGGGUAAGAGAAUGAUCAUCAGCUGACAAGGAUAGUGGGUCCUAGUUUAGCAUUUCCUAAAACAAACAAAAACCCCCACAAAGUGAUAGGUAUUAAAAACCACAUAAAACCAGAGAUAAAAUCUUCUAGCAACUCUAACUGGGCAGCAGCAGAACAAACUCCUCUGGAUCAUAGCACAGUUACUGUGUACAGCCAGAUCCUGUAGAUUCAGCCAACCCCACAGAGCCCCAGACUAAGAGCUAGUUGAUGCUAGCCUUACUCCUCAGCUCAGGCACACCAUUUUCUUCACCCAUCCAGCUGCCGUCAACACAAGUGCUGACAAACACCUAGUUGCUGAGCCCCACACUCCCCCUGCCCACCUUCUUGCUUAAAAUAUUUUGCUGGAAACCUGUGUAUGGGGCACACAGCAGUGUCAGUGUUAUCAAGCCCUUCUAGUCACAGCCUCCCAUUGAACUACUUUAAAUUAAUCUGACCUCCAGCAUGCAAGAGGCAUAGACUAGAUAAAAGUCUGUUGUGCCUCUGGCCACCAAGGGGGAGGAAGGAGAAGGCCAAAGAACCUACCCCUUGCCAAGAGAGCAGGAAGAAGUGAGAUCUAGCCCUGUACGACUACCAUUUUGGGGGAACUUUAGACUGACCCUUUUUAAUUCCAUACCAAAAUAAGAACUAGUUAUAUGUACUUUAGAACAAAUGCCCACUAUCUUAAAGAACACAAAUAAGAUGCAACAGGAUGUUAGUUUAAACAAGUAUCCUAAGCACUUUUCCUUCUCAGGGUAACCAAAGUAAAAUGCUUGACAAACUUUUAGUCUGCCCCUGUACUUUCCUGGUUUGAGGAACUCAAGCCAGUAUUAAUGGGGACAGCCUAUAGCCCUAAAUCCAGGAAUCACUCCUCCUGAGCUAUCACUGUUACAGGCUGCUGACUUAUCUGAAUGCAUACUUUCUGCUGGCAGAAUAAUAGUUAGAUUGCAUUAUGUUUGACACAUACAUGCAGAAUAUUUAUUUCUAUUUAUUGUGCAAUUGUGCUUUAUAUGACUCAUGUUUCACACUCUACUCACUUCCACGUUACAUGCCUAUCUGAAAUCACACAAUAUAAUCUGCACUGGUUAACCUGAAUUCAAACAAAACCAUUACAGACACAGUGGGGAUUCAUUUGGCUUCUCAGCUCAAUAAUUAUUUUAUGUUUAUACAGUUAAUCAAGAUGUUUCAGAGUACAUACUAGGCCAAGAGUCCUUUCCUUUACCAGAACUGCUGUUUAGAUGAUCAUCAGCUUGGACCUGUGACAGAAGCAGAGAAUAUGCAGAGAAUAUAGGAGGAUUCCCAGGUUUGGGCUUGCUUGCAUAGCUUCAGCAAUGAUUUAUCUUACUGGCCUCUUUUUUUCAGUACACUGAAGUACAAGUGUUCCCACAGAGAAGCUUGCCAUGGAAAGAACAAACACAUAUUGAGGGGGAAUGGCAUGGGAAUGGCCUAGAAAGGAACUUGCCCAUUUUGGAAAUACUUAGUGUUGCAUGUAAAUAGGUCUUUCAGUUAAGUAUUAAAAACUUCCAGAAAGUUUUGAGAGGCUCUUAAGUUUCUUUAGUACCUCCUGCUCAGUUCAGAACAUACCGAACCACAAAACCCUGACCUUGUGAGCAGGGUAAGACAGCUCUGCUCUCCUCCAUUACAGGCUUGGCCAGCACAUCAUCCCACCAGCUAGCAAGAAGCAGUGAGGUUGUUCUAUCAAUCAUCAAGUCCAUUUCAUCAGUAACCUCGCUACCAAGGCUGAAUUAACAAAUCCUCAGUGCUAACCACAGGGCUGUCAAGCCCAUUGUCACUAACAAGUUCGGCAGAUAUGGCUAGACACUGAAGAAAGAGGUACAGAUAAUGUUUGAGAACAUGAUUGUGCAAGUCUUUUUAGUGGGCUAGUGCUAUGGUUUUCGGCUUUAAAAACACCUGAUAAAUAAAGUAGCAGGAACUAGAUAUUAUUUUCAUUUAAAUAUUUUUGUGCAGUCAGAAUCUAUGAAGUGGCAGAUGUCAACGUUUUCUACUUCAAUAGAACUAUCUUUAUAUUGUAAAAAGGCUACUACUGUUAUAAGAACUUUUGUUGUCUGAAGCAUUACCAAAAACAUAUAUCAUCAAUAGAUUAUGUGUUUGUGAAAUCCAUCUCCGCUGCUGUAUUAGUCCACCCAAAGAAAAGAGAGAUGUUUCUGUAUUAUUGUAAGUUCUCCAGUAUAUCAGUGUAUCUAUGGCUAUAUCUUAGGCAAUGUCAUUCUUACCAAAGUAUUUCUGUUGAAUGCUGUAAUACUUUAUACCACUGUUCCUCAUUCCUUGUAAUCUAAAAUCUAAGCCAGCUCCCCCUAAACUCCAGCCUGAACAUGUUGUGUCCAUAAUUCAUUCUGGAUAGGAUACCCACAUAGCACCAGCUAACUCCAGAAAUCACGCACACACACAAUAGGGGAUCAGCAAUUGGCUUGUGUUUUCAAGGACCGGCUUAAUUAAUGAAGUUUCCUUGAACUGAAUAUUCAGCAAAUUGCUCAUUUUGCUAUAUACAGCUUAGAGCUUAAAGCAGAAUCUAGGCUUCACAUUUUAGAAGAUAAAUUAAACUAUAAAUUAAACUAUAGGGACAGACUUUAGAAUACUGAGUCAAAUAUAAAGUCAUAUUAAAUUAUGAAUAAUUGGUCUUUAGAACAAGCUUUGGUGUUUCCAAGCAGUAGUGCCACAUUGUGUUCUGUGUAGAUGUCCCAGUGGCUUCAGCAGAAACAGGAUCAGGUUUGAGCAUAAGAGGGGGACUCUUGUUUUGGUGUGGGUUUUGUUGUUGUUUUGUUAAAAGAACAGCAGAAUGGAUCACAUUUCCACUUUGAAUUUGUAUGAAAAAUAAACUGAAUUUAAUUUUGCAUAUCCCUAGUAAAUGCCACCUCAGAUUUUUAUACUGUCACACACCAGGAGGAAAAAAAAAAAAAAAAAAAAAAAAAAAAAAAAAAAAAGUAGAGUUAUGGGCCAGACCUAUAAAUUUCUUAUAACUUAUUUACUGAAAAACUGAUUUUCUAUGUAUUUUAAUUAUUACUUAGCUUUAUAUAUUGGCAGUGCUGUGAGGUUGCAAUAAAGCACAGACCCUAGUGCAAGACAAGAUAUUCAUACACAGAGACAUAGAGUCCCUUGGAGCUUUAGAAUCAGAGAGCAAAAGUUUGUUAGAACAGAGUGGGAAGCAAAGCCUGUUACUGAACAAACAAAAAGACUGCAAGGAUAUUUUCAUCUUGCAGUUAAAUUAAAAAUAAAAACUAAAAAUGCCAUGAAAUAAACAAACAAACAAACAAACAAAAAAAAAAAACUUAUAUCAUUAAAAAUAAGAAAAUAAAAACAGCAGAAAGGAAAAUACUGAAAGGCUUUGAUGUUGGGAGCUUACACAAAACUGACUGAAGAACACCCACCCUCUGUGUGUUCAAGCACUUCCCACUGAUACUAUCAAGCAAAUGUAAACUUGGUUAUUUUUAUGAAAUUGAAUGAACAACCAGAAAUGUUUCAAGUCAAUGAAUGUAUAGGUAUCAUUUAAGACAUUAGUUGAUUUGCUACUAUUGAUUUCUCUCUCAUUAAAAAAAAAAAAAAAAAAAAAAGAAAAAAAAGAAAAAAAACGAAAAAAAAAAAGUUAAAUUAUACAAAUUAUACACUGGAUGCUCAUCAAAUAACUGUACCGGGAAAGGCAGACAAUGUACCACAUAUAAAUUUACAUCAGCUUAGCCUACCUAGCCUGAACUCCUCCUCAGGCUCAGCAGAACAUACAAACACAAAAGAACAGAAACCAAAAAAAAUUAAAAUAAUUUCACAACAAUAUUACAUAUAUUAUAGUAGUACUAUAUAUAUAUUUAAUUUUGCUGAAGAGUUAAAUACUAUAUGAUCUACAAUAACAUUGUUUUCACAAGUUUUUAUUCAAUUAGCACUUUUUUGAAGCUUUUGUAAGAAUUCAGUUUGGCACUAUUAAAAAACCUCCAAGCACAGUAAAAAUUUGAAGACUCAAAGCCCCUUCUUGUAUAAAAGCACCUAUAAAAUUAGAGAAUGUCUAUAAUUUGCAGGAUACCUUUCAAAGCAAGGAUAAAAAUAAAGGUACAUGAGAUGUAAUUUAACCUACUAGAGAACUGUUAAUGUUAAGCCUGUUUUUUGUGAUAUGAUUACUCUAAAUGGAAGUGUAAAGCAGCACACACAAAGGCAUUAUUUAUAUACUAAACUGUUAUACACUGCAGCAUGUGCCUGAUAAAUACAGCCAAAUAGUAUUUCUGUUAUUCUUGAAUUUCUCUGUUUAUUUAUGAUAGCUUUCUAUAACAUCAUCUGUACAUUUUAUAUGAGAGUGAACAGCAGAUAUGCAAUGCUCUGUUUUAGAAAGAUUUUGCAAACUUCAGACAGGUUUUUCUCUCACUGAAUUUUGCAAAACAAAGUAAAUCAUUUGCCACAAACACCUACAUCAGAAUGAUGAUAUUUUGAAAUAUUGGAAAAAUUAAUCUAAAAUAUAUUUAACAGCAUUGGUUCAAAUUAAUCUUCACAGAAUAUGGUUAGAUUGUUUCUUCCAAGUUUUGUUUUUCAUCAGACCAAAAAGUAAAUGUGUUUUUAGCUUUACUUCCCAACAUCAGUAGCAGAACAAAGUGCAGGGUCUGACAAGAACACUGGAUUCCUAGUGAAAACAAACAUUGUCCUACAACUCACCACCUAAAAAUUCUGAAGUUGUAAUGUGAUUUUGUUUUGAUCAAGGCUUGUGAAUCAAUUCCCGUUAAUUAAAGAAAACUUUAAAACA